AUGGCCGCCGCAGUAGCAAGGGCACCACCCUUCAUGCUUGCCCGGGAGCCAACGCCCCCUGCUUCAUCCCAGCUUUCACGCAAGACGACUCCACAUGGCACGCCUAUGCCCAUUCCCAACAAACAUCUUCCCAACUGCGCCCCUGGAGGACUCUCACUGCCCCAAACGCCUCCUGCAUCUCCUCCCCGACAAGACAGUCUGAUUGAGACUUCAUCCAUCACAUACCCGCCAGACCAGUACUGUGAUCAGAUUGUUACUGACCCUCCAGUGUACAAGAUCACUGCCGACUGCAUGGCCGCCGCCCUCGAACACAUUGCCACGCAACCUCUUCCCAAUCCAGAGCAGGUCUUCCCAUGGAUGCACGGCCUUCACGAAGAAAAUGAGAUCCAACUCGCCUUCUUCUCCUCCCGUCGCAAGAGUGUGCGGAAAGUGCCCCGAUGUCUUCGCAGUAUUGCCAUUGUCAAGACUGGCGGAAACCUGUCGUCAUCCAAGCUGAAGGGAGCAAUCGCACCUAAUGAGAUUCUCGACUCAGUGGCUGAUGACUCGCCAGACUUCAUCGAAUGUGACCCGAAGGACGGCUUUUCUGUGCGCAACUUCCAGAUCCAGGCCUGCAAACUCGCUACCGUCUCGGACAUUAUAGUGUAUGGCGAUCAUAAGACCAAACUCAAUGACACCCUCAUGCUGGCGCGGAAGAUUUCCAAAGCGCAGAGGAAUCACGAACAGAGCAACGGGCUGCGGCCGUGCCUAUUCAACACGUUUGUGCUCGAAGACUCUUUUGCCACAGUGCAGGAGAAAUACCCGAAGUUGGUUGCGCUCAACAGGUCGGGAGAUAUCACUGGCAAUGUUGUCGAUUUUUUCUACUGGGAACGUUAUGAGAUGUGUGCAAUGUCAAGGGCUUCGGAGAUUAGUAACAAUGUAUUCUUGGGACCUACGCCUGAUUCGCGCCUUGAUCCAGAAUGUCUGGGAGAAGACCAAUUUGACAUGCUCAUCGAAGCCACUGAUCUUGCUCAUGUACCUGAAGCGCGCUCGUUGCGCGCUUUGCGCAUGGGACUUGACAAGAUUCAGCGCAAGGCUGCUAUGCACAUGGAAUUCCCUUCUUCAGGAAGCAUCAUGCCGCCGACGUGGUCACACAGCGAGGUCGACGGGCUUAUGGAUAUGUGCAAAUGGAUGUUUGAGCUGGCGAACCCUCUGGAAGCGAAACGAGCAAAACGGCGACGCAGCGACGAAGAUGAAGCCAUCGAGAUGGACGACAUUGCAAUACCUCGUAAAUUCUUGAUCCAUUGCACAGAUGGAUAUACCGAGACCACGCUCCUUGCUCUUGCCUACUUCAUGUAUGCAGAGGGUGUGCCUGUUCACGAGGCGUAUAUUCGAUUGCAUCGGGAGAAGGGUCGCAACUUCUUUGCAUAUCCUUCAGAUGUUGCACUGUUGACAGCGAUUCAGCCACGCAUCCUCCAGGAAUCUCCACGGUUCAAGCAAAGCAUCUUCAACAUGUCAGAACCUCAAUGGCUAUCGAGGAUCGACGGUAGUCUGCCCAGUCGCAUCUUGCCAUACAUGUAUCUGGGCAAUCUUGGGCACGCCAACAACCCAGAACUUCUUCACGCACUAGGAAUAACCCGCGUGUUGAGCGUUGGCGAAACGCUGUCGUGGCCGGAGAAGACGCAAAAGGAGUUUGAUUGGCCCAGUGAGAAUUUCUUGGUCAUCGAUCGAGUUCAGGACAACGGCGUUGACCCGUUGUGGGCUGAAUUUGAGCGUUGCCUCAAAUUUAUUGAAGCUGGGAAGCGAGAAGGAGGGGCGACCCUUGUCCACUGCCGUGUGGGCGUGUCUCGAUCUGCCACGAUUUGCAUUGCCGAAGUUAUGAACGAGCUGGGCUUGUCCUUCCCCCGUGCCUACUGCUUUGUGCGAGCACGUCGACUCAAUGUGAUAAUCCAACCACACUUGCGCUUCACCUAUGAGCUCCUCAAGUGGGAGGAAUACCAGCGUCAGCGACGCAACGAGCCUCUUCGCCGCGAACUCGAGUGGGCCACUGUUGCUCGCGAGAUUGCACUCAUGAACAAGCCGUACUCGAGAAACCCAGCUUGUGCUUCUACGACCAUCUUCCUGGCAUAA